UUGGCCAGCUCAAAGCAUUUAAUGGAAGAUGAUCAAUCUCAACCAUCAACAUCAAAAAUUUCAGAAGAUCACGAUGUUGGUUCUUGUGUAACCACAUUGACUAGUAUUAUGGACACGGAGAUUAGAAAUAAGUCUUUACUGAGCAGUUCAAUAAAGGAUGCAUUUGAUCCAAUUUCAUCUAAUAAAGCUGGUGGUAUGAAGUAUAACAGAAUUGUUCAAGCAUUGGUGUUUUUUAUCUGUAAAUAUAUGCGUCCAUUUAACAUAGUUGAAGGUGAAGGUUUUUUAAGACUUGUAAAAGAACUGGAACCUACUUUUAAAGUUCCUGGUGCAAAAUAUUUAAAGAAAAGGACUACCGAAAAGUACGAAGCUUGUGUUACUAUUUACCCCUCUACAUGCGGAAGGGCUAUUCAAAAACUUAAAACCAUGGUUGUCGGACAAUUAAGUAGACCAAGUGAGUCAGAAGAUGAUAUCUCAUCUAUUGCACCACCUGAAUAUGAUUUUUUGAAACAUCAUAAGGAGUUAGCAUAUGAACACAAGAAGAAAAAUAAAUCUCAUCAGGGAGAUGAAGUUUCUCUUUAUUUAUUAAAUCCAGUAGUUUCUCUUAAAAGCAAACCAUGUGCAGAAUGGAAUGGAUGA